GCUCCCUCCGUUCCGCUCGCCGCUGCGAGCACCCGGGCUCACCGCUCGUUGCGUCCAGCAUGAGAACACGCAGCAGACGAGCGGCAGUCAGCCUGCUCGGGCUCAUCGGCGGCGCGCACGCGACGAGUCUGAGCCACUUUCGCACACCCGUAUUUGCGGCCGCCGGUGCUCGGCGCUGCAUGCAGCGCUCCUUCCGGGCCGCUGCUCCCGCCGAGGCGGCGGCGCCGCCUGCGGCCGGCGCGAGCAAGGGCGGCGUGGCCUACGACCUGGCGAUCGAGGCCAAGUGGCAGGCGCACUGGGAAGCGCACCGAACCUUCGCCACGCGCCGCCGCGAGGGCAAGCAGAAGAAGUACGUGCUCGACAUGUUUCCGUACCCGUCGGGAGCCGGGCUGCACGUCGGGCACCCAGAGGGCUACACGGCGUCCGACAUCAUGGCUCGCUACUGGCGGAUGCGCGACUACGACGUGCUGCACCCGAUGGGGUGGGACUCGUUCGGCCUGCCCGCCGAGCAGCACGCGAUGAACACGGGCACGCACCCCGAGGUGACGACCAAGGAGAACAUUGCGAACUUCAAGCGGCAGCUGCGCUCGCUGGGCUUCUCAUACGACUGGGAGCGCGAGCUCGCCACGACGGACGUGGGGUACGUCAAGUGGACGCAGUGGAUCUUCCUCAAGCUCUUCGAGCAAGGCCUCGCCUUCCAGGACGAGAAGCCGGUCAACUGGUGCGCCGGCCUCGGCACGGUGCUCGCCAACGAGGAGAUCAUCGACGGCCUCUCGGAGCGCGGAGGCUUCCCGGUGGAGCGCAAGCCGCUGCGGCAGUGGGUGCUCCAGAUCACUGCGCUCGCCGACCGGCUCGCAGCAGAGCUCGACGGGCGCGCCGGCCCGAAGGGGACGAUGACGAUGCAGCGGUCGUGGAUCGGCAGGUCCGAGGGGGCGGAGAUCGCCUUUGCGACCGAGGGCGGCGGGGAGGACGUGCGCGUCUUCACCACGCGCGCCGACACGCUGAUGGGCGCGACGUACGUUGUGGUUGCGCCAGAGCACCCGCUCGCACGACGCGUCGGAGAGAGCGACUCGGCGGCGAGCAAGUCGGACCUCGACCGGACGAGCGCUAAGGCAAAGUCUGGCGUGCCGGCGGGAGAGAGCGUCGUGCACCCGCUGACCGGCGAGCGGCUGCCCGUCUGGGUGGCGGACUACGUCAUCGGCUCGUAUGGCACGGGUGCCGUCAUGGCGGUGCCGGCGCACGACGAGCGCGACUUCGACUUCGCGGCGGCGCACGGGCUGCCGGUGAAGCGGGUGGUCGCUGAGCCGGACGGCGCGGCGGAGGCGCUCGAGGAGGCCUUGAGCGGAGGCGGCGCGUCGGGUGGUGGUGCCUUCACCGAGCACGGCGUCGCUGUCAACUCGGGGCCGCUCGUCGACGGGCUCGCCACCGCGGAGGCCAAGGCCAAGGUGAGCUACAAGCUGCGCGACUGGGUCUUUUCGCGCCAGCGGUACUGGGGCGAGCCCAUCCCAAUCUACUUCCCCGUCACGACGGACGGCGACCCGCGCAAGGGGGACGCGUACUCGAUCGACUACUCGCAGCCGCUGCCGGUUGCGGAGGAGGAGCUGCCCGUCGCGCUGCCCGAGUUGGAGGACUUUCAGCCGGGAGACGACCCGCAGGGCUGCCUCGCGCGCGUGCUCGACUGGCGAGAUGCAGCCGAGAUGCAGCCGAGAUGCGAGAUGCGCUUCUUCCAGCGGGACGGAAAGUGGUGGGCGCGUGAGACAAACACGAUGCCGCAGUGGGCGGGCUCGUGCUGGUACUACCUGCGCUUCGCCGACCCCGCCAACACGCAGCAGGCGUGGUCCGCCGAGGCGGAGAAGGCGUGGCUGCCGGUGGAUCUGCGGGGCGGAGCACGCCGUGCUGCACCUGCUCUACGCGCGCUUCUGGCACAAGGCCCUCCUCUCGCUCGACCACUCCUCACGCCGGCGGUCCUCCACUCACUCGGCCUCGUCUCGACGGCCGAGCCCUUCCAGAAGCUCGUCCACCAAGGCAUGAUCCUCGGCGCCGACGGCGAGAAGAUGUCCAAGCCCGCGCCCGCAGGCAACGUUAUCAACCCGGACGACAUCGUCUCCGCGUACGGCGCAGACGCGAUGCGGCUGUACGAGAUGUUCAUGGGUCCGCUCGAGGCGGUCAAGCCGUGGCAGACGGAGCAGAUCGCCGGCGUCGUCCGCUUCCAGAACCGCGUGCACGCGCUGGCAACCCGCGCCGACGGGUCGGCGGAACUCGGCGACGCGGGGCCGCACGAGAGGGGGAGAACGGAGCGGCUGAUGCACCAGACCAUCAAGAAGGGGACGGGGGACGUCGACGCCCUCUCCUUCAACACGGCCAUCUCGCAGAUGAUGAUCUUCUCCAACCACCUCGCCGGCCUCAAGCAGCUGCCCGCAGAGCCGGUCGAGAAGCUCGCGCUGCUCGUCUCGCCGCUCGCGCCGCACCUAGGCGCCGAGGCGUGGCAGAUGCUCGGGCACGAGCAGUCCCUCGCCUACGAGCCGUGGCCCGAGUACGACGAGGCAAAGUGCGUCGAGACGGACGUGGUCAUGGCGGUGCAGGUCAACGGCAAGGUGCGCGCCGAGAUCAAGAUCGCCAAGGACGCGGCGGAGGCGGAGGCGCGCGAGCUCGCCGCCGCGAGCGAGAAUGUGCAAAAGUUCCUCGACGGCAAGGAGGUCAAGAAGUUCAUCUACGUGCCCGGCCGCAUCAUCAACUUCGUGGCCAAGUGAAGAGCAGCGUGUGGUGGUGUCUAUAUGAUGAGCUUCCAUUCGGCCACCGUCCACACAAUUCCGUUCGAGAUAGAGGCCGCAUCUUGAGAAAGAGGAAAGUGUGCCGCUGCCGGCUGGGUUUAGAUCUUUAGAUACAGUAUAUAGAGGC